AGUGGUUAUGCUUCUCGAACAGGAAGGGAAAGAACACUUUUUUUUUUUUCCCCUCCAUAUAAAAGAGUAAAGAAAUAGUUGAGUUCAUUGAGAGCCAAGCCAGCGUUUGUGUUGACUGCUCAGAGUCCACGAACUCAGGCUUUUGUUUCACAUCUUGCUGUCCGCUACAUCUCAGACAUUUUGGUUAAGUCUGUUCCAAGAGACUCCAAUCAUGGCUUACCACAGCUUUCUGCUGGAGCCCAUCAGCUGCCACGCCUGGAACAAGGAUCGAACUCAAAUUGCACUGUGCCCCAAUAACCAUGAUGUCCUCAUCUAUAAAAAGGAGGGAAAUAGCUGGAACAAGAUCCAUGUGCUGAAGGAGCACAAUGGCCAAGUCACUGGUAUCGACUGGGCCCCAGAGAGCAACCGCAUCGUGACCUGUGGUACUGACCGUAACGCUUACGUGUGGACCCUGAAGGGUGACAUGUGGAAGCCCACACUGGUUAUCCUCAGGAUCAACCGCGCUGCCCGCUGCGUUAAGUGGUCACCCAAGGAAAACAAGUUCGCUGUGGGUAGCGGCUCCCGCCUCAUCUCCGUCUGUUACUUUGAGCAGGAGAAUGACUGGUGGGUUUGUAAGCACAUUAAGAAGCCCAUUCGCUCGACUAUUCUGUGCCUGGACUGGCACCCCAACAACGUCCUGCUGGCUGCUGGAUCAUGUGAUUUCAAAUGCAGGAUUUUCUCAGCCUAUAUCAAAGAGGUGGAGGAGAAGCCCGCUCCAACUCCAUGGGGCUCCAAGAUGCCAUUCGGAGAGGUGAUGUUUGAGUCGUCUGGCACUGCAGGCUGGGUGCACGGGGUUUCUUUCUCCGAGAGUGGGAAUCGUGUGGCCUGGGCUAGUCACGACAGCACGGUCGCUGUGGCUGAAGGAGGCAAGACUGCUGUAAUUACCAGUCUGAGUUCAGAGACCCUCCCCCUGCUUUGUGUGACCUUCAUCACUGAGAACAGCUUGGUGGCAGCGGGCCACGACUGUUACCCUGUGCUGUUUGUCUUCGAUGCUGGAAAAGGGGCUCUGACUUUCGGGGGAAAACUUGAUGUUCCCAAGCAGAGCACUCAGAAAGGACUGACUGCCAGGGAGCGCUUCCAGAAUCUGGACAAGAAGGCCACGUCGGACACCAAGGAGGCCGUGCUGGAGUCCCUGCACAAAAACAGCAUCAGUCAAAUCUCAGUGCUUGAUGGAGGGAAGAAAAAGUGCACCAAAUUCUGCACCACUGGGAUGGAUGGAGGAAUGGCCAUUUGGGAUAUAAAGACCCUUGAAUCUGCCCUGAAAGAUCUGAAGAUUGUUUAAAAGUGGACUUCAUGGUGUUCUGAAGAAAAACUGGAUCGUGAUGUUGAGUUCUGGUUUUAAAUAUCAUAGAGAUUCAUGAAUGUUAUGAAUAACGAAAGCGGUUAUUCUUAUAAAAGCAGACGACCUGAGCAGCUGUGAAUAGACGAGAGUGCUGUUUAUUAUUGUCCAAUAAAUUUGAAUAAAUGGACUGGAAUUGGGAUAAAA